UUUCCCAGGCAACAUCGGCUCUUACCAGCAGACACGUCGACGAGCCAUGGCACAUGAUUCGCAUUGGACCAGCAAGAUCCCGCAAAUUGUAUGGCGUGGCACAGUCUGGUACAACCAGGCCAUCCGGGGCGGUUUAACCGAGGCAGCAAAGGGCAAGUCCUGGGCUGACGUCAGUGCCAUGGACUGGAGUACCAAAGACAACUACAUGACUGUGGAUGAGAUGUGCCGGUAUGCCAUGACAGCACAUACCGAAGGCGGAAGCUAUUCCGGGCGAUUGAAAUUCCUGCUGAAUUGCGAUUCACUCACCGUCAUUCACGAUCUGACCUGGCGGACGUAUUUCUAUCACCUCCUGGAGAAAGAAGGACCCAACCAGAAUUAUGUCGCGGUGCGGCGUGAUUUCAGUGACCUCGAGGACAAAGUCCAAUACUAUCUUGAGCAUCCCGAUGAAGCGGAGCAUGUCGUGCAAAACUCGGUGGCGACGUUCCGGAAUCGGUAUCUAGCACCAGCAGCCCAGUCAUGCUACCUGCGAAAAUUGAUCCAGGGGUACAGUACAGUCGCACAAACUCCCAACAUAUAUCGUCCGCCGAAGGAAGGACAGACGAUACCGAUGAGAAGAGGAAGAGGUUUCGAGGACUGGUUGCAGGGCGGAGAAGAUUAUACCGAGGAGCAAGACAAUCCGUAGAGCACAUUCCGCCUUUCUGUUUGUUACAUCUUUGAGGUUGGCCAGGUCCUGGUCAAAUGUGUAUUAUUCUUGAAUUCGAAGCAAUCGUCAGAUCUCGC